AUGCCCGACGCCCUAAACCCAUACGGACCCCUCUACUCAAACCCCCAAGGCGUCGGUGAUAAACGCCCAACCGCCCUGCAAGUCGUCCGCGACGAAGGCGCCCUAGGCACCUACAGCGGCAAAGUCGCCUUGGUAACCGGCGGGACCAACGGAAUCGGUGUUGAGACUGCACGAGCACUGCAUGCCACCGGCGCAGAUGUAUACUUCACUGCCCGGGACGCAGCCAAGGGCGAGAGGAUCCGCCUGGAUAUCCUAUCCCGGUCAGAGGGGCGUGGGAAAUUGGAGGUUCUCAUGAUGGAUUUGGAUUCAUUGGAGUCUAUCCGGGCCGCGGCGGAUUCCUUCUUAAAGAAGAGUCAGAGGUUGGAUAUUCUUGUUAACAAUGCUGGAAUAAUGGCGCCCCCCUACAGUAAAACCACCGACGGCUUCGAGCGCCAAUUCGGGGUAAACCACCUUGCCCACUUUCUGCUCACUAUCCUGCUCCUCCCUCUUCUCGAAAAAAGCGCAACGCGCAAUCUCUCCUCCCGGGUAAUCAACAUCUCCUCCUCCUCGCACCGCCACGGCCUCGUCAGCUUCGAGCACUUCAAUUCCCACCCAUCAAUAUACAACCCAGAGGCCGCAUACGCCCAAAGCAAGACCGCCAAUAUCUGGACCGCCAACUACAUCGACCGCGUAUACGGAAGCCGGGGCGUGCAUGCGCUUUCCGUUGGUCCGGGGGGCAUUUGGACGGGUUUGCUCGCGUACAUCCCGCCGGAGUUGGUGGAGUUGUUUAAGAAGGAUGAGUCGAUUGUGCCGAAUAUGCAGACUGCCGAGCAGGGUGCGGCCACUACACUCUGGGCGGCUGUUGGGAGGGUUUGGGAGGGGAAGGGGGGUGAGUAUCUUCAUGAUUGUAGGGUGGCGCCGCCGGAGAAGGGGGAUCUGUAUUCGGUAAUGAGUAGUUGUUCGGCGCCGUGGGUUAAGGGGAGGGUGGAUGAUGAGGAUAGGUUAUGGCGGUUGAGUGAGGAAUUGGUCAAUGCACAGGCCCCAUAA